CUUGCCAAUAUGUUAACUCGGUGGGAAUCGUAUAGCGUGGGUCGCUACAGUAUAUUACUUAUAAUUACAUAGGGCAAUUAGAAGUUAGACUAGUUCAUCUAGGCUAUUUGUUUGGGAUUUAUCUGAUUCCUCUGUCUGUAACUGCAUGCAUUCCAAACGGCUUCUAUCUACGACGUGCGUAAGCAGGUUUGAGAACCUGUCUGACUGAAUUGAAUCCAAAUGAUAACACAUUGAUAGUCAAUAUGUUGGCGAAUAUACAAGUGUUGGGCCAACAUGUCAUGUCGUCGUGUAUGUCAACCGAAUAUUUGAUUUAGUAUAGUAUCAAGAACUUUGUGCUGAUGGAGACAAUAGUAAAUAGUUCAUUUAAUUCGGGAGAGACCAUCCACAGGCACUGAAAGGUGUAUCCAUGAAACGACCGAGGCGCAAACGUCUUGGUUUUGCUCCUAAUGGAACACAGUCCAGGAAAUAGGCUCUACUUAGGAGUUAAAGAAGCAAUUGGAGGCUUUGCUUAUCGUCAUCGCUCGAGAGGAAUCAAGCUCUUAGUGCAUUGAAUACUUGGGAGACCGAUGACUAUCCCCGUGUCACAGUGGUUUCGACUCACUCAAUCAUAUGCACUUCAACAUACAGCGCAUGCUGCUUUCACCUUUUGCGUUCGCCUAUUCUUCGGGAGUGCUUCCAGGAUAUGUUUUGAUCACACACUUGCACACAGGGUGAGGACCUGCACAGGCUGUGCAGAGAGCUCACAGAGAGUGAUGCAACCUGGAAGCUGCUGAUAUGCUGAAAAAUAAAGCCAAAGAAAGGAGACAUGGAGUAACAGUGUCAGCCAGAGAUAGAGCUUGUUAAUGUGUUGCCAUAUACCAUGACUGAUUCCUUCUGACACAGUGUACGGUACCCAGAGAUGUACGAUUCCUGAUAGUGCUGUGUAAGCUAUUUUACAAAGGGCCGUAUAGCAGGUACAGAGACAUUGACAGUGUUGGAUUCACUGACUGUCAGGGCAUGGAUGAAGACAGAUAGAUGGCAUACUGAAGAUAGAUGGCAAAAGACUGUUGAACACGGGCUAAAUAACACUGGAUGCACACUUACAGUUGGCAGUGGAUGAGCACGGACAGAUAGCAUUGGGAUUGGCUGAUACAGACGGAGAACGCUAGAGCUAGAUGAGCUACUGCAGAUAGCAGUGCAGAUCCACUGUUAGCGAGCUAGCGCAGGCAGGGAGUGGGAGUGGGAGGCUUAGCACCAUGAACCCCAGAGAGAGCGGAGGAGGAGGAGUGGAGGCCAUGGAGACCCAGGCGGGAGGGCUGGAGGUGGGGGAGGAGGGAGGCCAAGCCAGCCACGGAGGAGAUGGAGAAGAGGGGGAAGAAGACAAGGCCUCAGCCUACGACUGCAACGUGUGUGGCCGCAGCUUCCCCUUCCAGAGCUCUCUGUCGCAGCACAUGCGGCGCCACACAGGCGCACGUCCCUACAAGUGCCCCUACUGCGACCACCGCGCCUCCCAGAAGGGCAACCUCAAGGUCCACAUCCGCAGCCACAAGCUGCGCACGCUCACUAGCCACCACCCCGAGGAGGAGGAGGGGCCAGAGGAGGAAGAGGACGGGUCAGUUGAAGUGGGUGUGUCUGAGGGCCUGGACGGUGGAACCAGUCCGACGAAGAGCAGCUCGGCCUGUAACAGGGUCGUCAACGGAGACGCUAACACAGAAGAGGGCAUAGGGAAGACGGCGGUGAGGAGCGUCAAAAGGGAGAAGUCGAGCUCUGAGCAGCGGCCAUAUUGCUGCCGUCUGUGCGGGUACCAGACCCAGCGCGAGGACCAACUCCUCAGUCACAUCGAGAAGGUCCACAUCACAGCCGACAUGGAGGACGAGACUAACCCAGUGAGUCAGGAGGCAGUGGCAACGGAGGGAGAAGCAGGGACUCAGGUCACUGAUGGGGCCUUCCCCUGUGAGACAUGUGGCCAGGUGUUCACACAGGCCUGGUUCCUUAAGUCCCACAUGAAGAAACACGCAGGCCUCCUUGAGCACUGUUGUCGGGUGUGCGGCCGCCGCUUCAGGGAAGCCUGGUUCCUCAAGAGCCACAUGAAGACCCACAAUGGCUCCAAGGCCUCCGGCCGGGGGAAACCCAAGGCAGACUCCCAAGAGGCCGCGGCCACCAUCAACGACGUGGCCCAAGACCCAGAGACCAAUGUGACCUCCACAAGCCUUUACCAGGUUUGCUCCAAGUGUGGAAACCUGUUCCAUGACCGAGAGAGUCUGAAGGCCCACGAGAAGAUCCACAGCCAGGCUAAGCAGCUGACACAGGGCCAGAGAAGACCUAGCGAUAACGGGGACUCUCUCGGUGCCAAAAGGCGCCUCCUGGACUACCUCAGCCUCCGGCCAGCUGUCGAAGAAAAACCCCAGGAAGAGAAGAGGCGCUUAGGCCAGAGAAUCCCCGAGCUGGACCCAGUUUGUAGCUACCAGGCCUGGCAGCUGGCUACGCGGGGCAGGGUUCUUGAGCCUGUGGAGACAUACAGUAUAAAGGCAGGUGGAGAAGGGGAUGAGGUCCUGGCUGGAGGGACCGUGGUGUACGAGAAGGAGAGCAGCCACUACAUCCUGGAGGGUCAGCAGAGGGAGCGACGUUCAGGGAGACGCAGCAGCGCCAGUGGGGGAGGGGGUAGUAGCCACCACACGUCCCCUGGGGAGCACACUCCCGAGAGCCUGAGCGACUCAGAGUACCGUCCCUCCUCCCGCCAGGGCCGACGUUCCUCCUCUUCCCAGCAGAGCCAGUCCAAGUCCACCGAGUGCUUCGAGUGCGGAAAGGUGUUCCGCAGCCGCCACCAGAUGAUUGUGCACCAGCGGGUCCACCAGAGGCGAGACGGGGGCAGGGGUUCCGGGUCCGGAGGGGACAACAGGGCAGGGCAAGGAGGGGACCGCUGGGGAUCCACCAGUGAUCCCGAAUCAGGCUCCCCUAGCAGGCCCAGCACCCCAGGGUACGGGAACUCACCACCAGCCUCCACCCUGGGAGAGGACGCCCCUGAGAUGGGCACCGCCAACGCAGUCCCACUGACAGAUGAGAAGCCUUACGUCUGCAGCCUGUGUGACUUUGUCAGCACAGAGUCCUCUGCCUUCCUGUCCCAUCUACGUCUCCAGCACACCAGUGACGGCCGACCUAUUCCCGACCCCAGCUCCAGCUCUGAGAGAGGCACCCCGAGUAGCUUCCCCAAGCUGAAGAGGGCUCUCCUCCACGGGUUUGCUCAAUCCUCUACCCCCCACCCUUACCUCUCUGCCCGACCGUCGAGAGACAGAUGCACCGCCGAGAGCAGUUCACCCACUGACUCUCACCGUGUUGCUCCUCUAGACCUGUGUGUGAGAGCUGAGGGCCACAGGGGCCCGGCCUCCUCAGCUCUUCAGCAGAAGGGCCUGCCCAGUCAUAAGUGCUCCUACUGCUCCCACUCCACCCACUACCUGGAGGUGCUGUGGAUGCACCAGACCGUCGCCCAUCGCAUCAACAGCAGCGCCCUGGCCCCCAAAUGGGCCCUCCUGAAGAAUAGCUUCAAGGGCCCCCGAGAGGGCUCGUCCUCCAGGAGACGCACGGGCCCUCCUCCCGCUCUGGAUGGGAGGGAGUGUCCCCCAUUGCCCCCUGUGGUGCGCACCCCCCGCACACGCCCCCCAUCGUUGAAUGGGGGCCAGAAGAAGGACAGCAGGGACAGGGCAGCCAGUCAACCCAGCACCUCUUCCUCCUCCUCCUCUGCCUCAGGCCCCCAGAGUUUGCGGCCUCCCAGGGCAGGCAGCAGCAGACAGAGAGGCGAGGCUGUGCCGGAUCAGGGCCAGCGCUCUCGCUCCAACUCUAGGCCCAGGGUGGAGAUCUACCCACGGGGAGGCUGCUCGACCGGCUCCCUGGAGAAGAGCACUGCACCUGGGGCUCCCCAUCGACCCUCAGCCCCUAGCCCCAGUGUCGGAGGAACCACCAGGCUGGUGGAAAGGUACAUGUUGCCUCGGGAAGGCCUGGGAUUCAUGCUGUCCAGCAAACAUGGCCUUGCAGAGUACAGCAGAGCCAGGAGCUCGCCUCAGCCCCAGCCCAAGCCCAAGCCCAGGAGCUCCCAUUCCCACACCCAGUCUCACACGCAGUCCCAGGGCAGACCCAGGGCAGAGCGCCCAGCCCACAACACCACCACGGCAGGCCAGGGCUAUGGAGCCUCCCACUCCCAGACACAUGGGAGCGCCGUCCAGGUAUCCUCCACCUCCUCCUCCUCCUCCUCCUCCUCAGCCCAGCGUGCGGAGGUGAAACAGGAGGAGGCACGGAGGGUGGAGACACCAGAGCUGCCCAUGGACAUCCUCAGCUUCCUGAAGAGCUGCAACUCCAAUGACCUGGCGACACUCUACCACCGCUGGGGCGCCGCCAACCCCCUACUGGACCCCACAGGGAUGCUGAGGCCUUUGGGUCGACAAGGGGAAUACGGCUGCCAAGAGUGCGGGAAGAGCUUCAGUCAGCCCAGUCACCUCCGCACACACAUGAGAUCCCACACAGUCGUGUUUGAUUAUAACGGACUCCGAGGUGCUGACGCUCAAACCAACUCCUCGGAAGCUCCCAAACAAGGGAGAGACCGUUCCGAUGCCGCCUCUGCCCGUACCGAGCCUCUCAGAAAGGGAACCUGAAGACCCACGUCCAGAGUGUCCACCACGUACAUUUCGACAACGCCCAGUACCCUGAUUACAGACCACCGGGACUGGACCACGAUCAGGAGGAGGAGCCGGGAGACUGGUUCUCACCCAACACCACCGACCCACCGCGACCUAAUAACAGACCCACCAACGUGACAUCCCCAGGGCCUAAGAUAGAGCUGGAGACUCCAUCCAUAUUCCCAGCCCCUCCCCACAGACAGCAGAGAGAACUGAGAGCUGUGUCAGAGACACCACCUGACAGAGUGACAUCAGCGUGAACUCACCCCCGUUGCCGUUUUGGUUUGAAAUAUGACCAUGAUUAUUUGAAAUGUGUUUAAAAAAGAAAGAAAAGGGUUUCUUGGAAAGAGAAGAAAAAUCGGACACUGUGCAAACAAAUGCUGUUUUUUCCCUCUGCGGACCCAUGGGCAAGGACGGCAUGGCGGCGUCCCUAUAGCUUUCCGUUUUCCUAUUUUUCCCCAUUUGAUUUAGAUUGUGAUGAAAUGGUUUUGUGCAUUCCUCAGGACACUGAUCCCUUAAAAACACACGGCAGAAGGGAGCAGCCAAGUUGGCGAUGCUUACACUGACUGAACUGAACACACUUGGCUAACCCUCCGACAGCUAACUUGACAAGCUUAAGACGGUGUGUGUGUGUGUGUGUGUGUGUGUGUGUUCCAUCCUCUCGAGGACCACUAUAAUGAGUCCAGUAUGAUUGGCUGAAGUGGAGUGACCACUACACGAUCUGACUCCGAGGCUGUUUGGCCGGUCAUUAAGGAGAGAGAGAGGGAAGGAGAGAGGGCUAAUGACAGUGUGAGAGGAGGUGCCUGCUUUACCGCUCAUUAAAAAGAGUGUGCGCUUUUAAUGGGGGGUAUAAACGAGCGUGCGGUUUUAACGCUCGUUCAAUUAUUGUGGAGGAGAAGAAGAGGAGGCCGUAUUUUCUGAUCCCUCUGAUCCGAGCGUAGUCCUCCUCCCACACCCACACCUCCAACCUCAAAUUAUACCCACUUACUGAAACCUCUUAGCAGGAACAAAGUGGUCAGACUGUUUGGUUCAAGUUGCCCUUGCUCUCCUUUCUACUUGAAUAAGACUAAAAGCUAGUCCUCACAACAGUGGCUUUUGAGAGGUCAGGCGUCUAAAGCUUUCAGAGAGCAUUGAUGAAGACAGUGUUUUGCUUCUGAUGGCUGCAGCGCCGUCGUAGGGUUGCUGUGUGUGUGUGUGUGUGUGUGUGUGUGCGGCUUGUGUGUGUGUGCGUGUUUUGCCCCUUCUUGAUUACCUCUGCGUAUUAGACUCCCUUUUAGACGCUUUGCAUACUACCUCCUUUGCAAUAAAAGCUUGUUUUGGUUUUUAUACGGCCAGGUGUGAAGUGAGGACCAAAGCCAUGCUUGCAUACUGUAUAUACGAUAUAAGGAGAGGCUUCACUGUAACCAUAUGUGUGAUGUUUUCUUUUCUCAAAGUUGCCCUCAUAAAACGCCUCCUGGAUUAAUAGCCAUGCCUAUGACUAUUGGAUUACAUUGAAAUGUAAGUACCUGGGUCCUGUUUGUUAGGGCAGACACCAAAAAAAACAUUUUGCAACGGGAAACCAAAAUUAGUGUUUCUGAUUGGACAAAACCAGAUGGGCGCCCUCCCUGUUUCAGUCCACUUUCUUCCGUUUGGUGCCUAAUGAACACAGCCCAGGUGAGGUGACGCUCUAAUAAGUUAGUCAUUCUUGUUUUGGUGCAAGGAUGUCAACAUGUUCAUUCAGACAAGCAGACGAUUGGUCAGACGGUCUUUUUGAGCAAACGUUGUAUGCACGCAAGGCCACGUGCACUGUACAUGACACUGCAAAUGUCCAAGUGUGAGACAGAGAGCCAGAGAUAGAUAGGAAAAUAAUGAAUAAUUAUCAGCUGUUUAGAAUAAUAUUUUUGUGUGUGUGUAGGGUGGGGGGGGUCAAAGAUAUGGAAUUAUUGUCAUGGGAUAUAAUACUGUCUACUUUGAGACCUCAGUAGUAGUUUUUACAUGAACACAAGAUGAAAGGAGUUCUGUGUCGGUUACUUGGUGUGUUGAAUAUAGCUACACUUACUGUAUGUGCAUAUUAACGAUGAGGAUAGUCAAAUACUUGAAGCGGAUAAUAUAGCCUAUCAAGUAGUGUCCUUAAUAAUUAGUGCCCUUCAAUACCGUUGUACUGAAUGACCCUUUUUAAGAUGAACUCCUAAAAUACACAUUUGUACCCCUAAGUGUGACUUAGCAGAUAUGAGCAGACCACGCGGGAGUGAGAGAGUGAGUAUUUGUGCGUGCAUAUGUAAGUGUGUCUGUCUGUAUUUUAAUCUUACCAAACCCGUUACAGCGUUAGAUACCAAAUGGCAUUUCCGGUGCUCUUAGACUAGGUUACUGCUUUAACACGUUUCACUGUCUUCAUUUCAUUCAGUCUUUGACUGGUUAAGGUGCUUCAGUUCAAUGUCACCUCUGGUUUUUAAUGAUUAUUAUUCUAUUAUUAUAGAUAUAAAUUAUUUCAUUUCAUUUGCUAUGUUUUUUUGAAUUUUUUUUAGGCGUUUGGGUUUGUAUUACACUGCUUAUUAGUUCAGUUUUCUAAUGGAAAAUGAUAGGCGCAGAAAUAUGUUUCAUAAAGAGUGUGUUUUUAGUCUCUCUCUCUCUCUUUGCUUAAAAAAAUGAGGACUUGUUCAGUAGAUUAUCCAAGGGGUGCCCUCCCAAAGAACUUGGUGGAAGUCGUUAUUUCUAUUUGGUUGGGGUUUUAACAAAUCCUCCAAGUCGUGUGUGUCUGUUGGCUUUUUAUUUGUAAUGAACUACAUUGUCAUUUUCCCGUAGAUGACACUGUUUGAAAUGUAUCUGGUUGACAACUGUAUUUAUUAGUUACAAGGAUCAGAGCAGAAGCAGACAGGAGUUGAUUCAUUUGAUUCUUUUCUGAUGAGUUUUUAUACUUUGUUUUCACUGUCCCCGAUGUGAAAGCUCUACCUCGUCUGAGGCCUUCUCAGUUCUGUUAAAGUUUUGUACAUCGUUGCAGAAAAUGUCAUGUCCACAUUAAAUACACAAAACAUGGCACCAUUCAA